AUGUUCAUUCAGAAGCUAGCUCAAGUAGCCCUCCUCAUCAAAUGGAUGGACCGAAAAUACAACAUUUCGCUGCACUUCGUUCCGGUGAUGGUCAUCAAUUCGAAGACGUCAAUGCUGACGACAGACAUCCUCCUUGAAGUCGAGCUAAACCGCGCGGCCGGUCCCAACAUCACUACAGUAAUCGACUCCGCCCAUUUAUCGAUUGAAUCGAUUGAUUUGUCGAAUUAUCCAGAAGUGGCGACGCCAUUAAGCCAAUUCCCAAUGGAAGCCGACCUGCUUUCAGUCUCGAAUCUGAUUUGGAAGCUGCCAUUGAAGGGCUCCCUAGUCAAGCAUCGUCUCCAUCUGGACUACACUGUCAAAAACCAGGACCCGCCCCUAAAAUACACAUUCGACGACAUCGUCGAGCUUACUGUACCCGACGUCCAAUUCGAAAUUUGCACCCAAGUGCUGAGCCAACAGCCGGGAGCCCAACUGUGUCGUGCCACGUCACCAUGCCAUUUUGUCAUAUCGAUUCGAUUUUUGAAAGAAUCAUCGUGCAGUCUUCUGAUUGUACUCGACGCUGAUGAUCGGAUGUGGACGUUGGUGGAGAGAACGAAAAUGGUCACCGUCAAAGACAGUGGACUGGGUCAGCUGGCGCUGACGAUUAUUCCAGUGGUCGCCGGAUUUCUACCAUUUCCAAACGUGUCGAUUUAUGAGUGUCAUUUCGCGUCCGACACGAUCAUCCCAGGAAAAGAUAUACUAUUUUUCAAUCGAACCGCUGGAAAACAAAUUCGAGUGCUUUCUCCAAAUAAUAAUUCCGAAAAUAACAAUUUCGGAAAGGAUGAGCCGGCAAGAGGAUCGAAUCGAAUCAAGAAGACCAUCGAGAAACUUUUUGAUUAA